ACGAGAUCAGUGCAGGUUUGAUCACUAAGUCUUUGGAGUGUAUAUGAUUGAAGGGAUUUGUUACUGAAUGAAGACAAAAGCACUGCGGUCCUAAGUCAACAACCUCGAAAGACAAGCAGCCUUCAUUAGAUCCAACAAACAUCUAAGGAGAUGCAGCUCAGUAAUAUCUCCCUGCUGUUUGUGUCUGUCUCCCUCUUUCUGGCCCUGAACAUGCCUGGAUCAAGUCCAUCAAAUUCACAUGAACAACUGGAAAUAUUAAUGUUGUGCUAAUGUUAAGACAAAAACUGUAGUGACAACUGUAGUGAAAAAAAAUAAAGUGGGAGCAGGAUUCCAACACCUGCAAAGGGGUUUUACCCAUUCACAGCUUUCUCAGGAAUACCCAUAAAUGGAAGACAUUGCGUGAGGUCAUUUGGAGCAGGACAAGCAUACUGGAGCACACAGAGACUGUGCAGUUCUUCUCCAGCAGUUAACACUUUUGUGAGUGCACUAAAGGUGCAAACGUUUGACCCUAUCCUGGAGAAGAUGCUCGGUCACAAGGUCCGUAACAUCUCGCUAAGCUGCAACCGAAGCAUGGAAUCCUUAGCACUCAGCAAUCUCUCGAAUCUGGAGGCAUGGUUUUGUGUGGGCCAGGGACUGGAGCCUGGGCAGAGGAAGAAGAACUGGGCAGCACUGUUGAUCAUGUUAAUCGUGGUCAUCACCAUCACAGGGAACAUCCUAGUCAUCAUGGCUGUCACGAUGGAGCGAAAACUGCAGAAUGCCACCAACUACUUCCUCAUGUCACUGGCUGUAGCUGACAUGCUCUUGGGCUUCCUCGUCAUGCCCAUCUCCAUGGUAACCAUCUUGUAUGGAUACUCAUGGCCAUUGCCAGCCAUCCUGUGCCCACUGUGGAUCUACCUUGACGUGCUGUUGUCCACAGCAUCCAUCAUGCAUCUGUGUGCAAUUUCAGUAGACCGCUACAUUGCUAUCCGCAAUCCAAUAGCCCACAGCCGUGCCAAGUCUGCAUGGCGUGCCCGUGCCAAGAUCACUGCAGUCUGGACCAUCUCUGCCAGUAUCUCCAUGCCCAUCCCAGUCCUAGGCCUCCAUGACCACACCAAAGUGUUCAAAGAAGAAAGCUGUUUUCUGACUGACAGCUCAUUUGUGCUUAUUGGCUCAUUCAUGGCCUUCUUUAUGCCAUUGACCAUCAUGGUGGUAACAUACUUUCUGACCAUAAAUGCUCUCCAUAGCGAGGCAACACUUUGUUUGGACAACUUGGUGCCACGACCCAGGUGGAAUGGUAGUUUGGCACUGGGCUUUCUGCCUAAUGAGAAGAAGCUGUUUCUGCGGCGCUCAUUGACCCUCAGCAAUGAACAGAAGGCAUCUAAAGUACUGGGCAUAGUCUUUAUUCUUUUUGUUGUCAUGUGGUGCCCGUUUUUUGUUACAAAUGUCUUGGUGGCUGUGUGUGACUCCACCAUUUGCCACAGUGAUAUCAUCAGUGGGCUCCAUAAUGUUUUUGUGUGGGUUGGGUACCUGUCAUCAGCCGUGAAUCCACUGGUCUACACUCUCUUCAAUAAAACAUAUCGUUCUGCCUUUGCUAGAUACGUAAGAUGUCAGUAUAGAGAGGAGAGAAAACCACUGAGGCUUAUUUUAGUCAACACCAUCCCUCCAUUAGUAUAUCAGUCAGCGCUAGCUGAGGCUCUGGGAGGUUUCUCAUCACCACUUCCAAGUAAAAAGUCACAACUUUCUAAAAGAAUCCCUCAGGAAAGUGUUAGUUGUCUGUGAUCACAGUGGCAUUUGUUUUUUUUUCCACUCUCAACUUUCUGAACAUCUGGAUAUUGUGAGGCCAAUAAACUGAAAUAUGUUCCCUAUUCACCUCUGCAUAUGUUGGGUACAAACAAUACAUACAUCUAGGAUGAAAUACCUAUACUGUCUGCUAGGUUGCAUCAAAAGCAGUAGAGCAGAUAUUUAUGGAGGAGUAUAGACUCAUAAAAAAUGAAAAGAAUGAAAGCUUAACAAACCAGUCAUGUGAAAAAUUGAAAAUUGAUUUCAAGUUCACAAAGUGUGUAAAGAAUUGUAAAUGCUUACAUUGUAAGGUUUUUAUUUUACAAGAAAAUGCCCUUUGAAAUCUUUUCAAAGAAUAAUGAUGUGUCUAUAGAAAGAGCUAAAUGGGAUUGGUGAUAAUGAUUUUAUAAAAUGGCCACAGACAUCCUUUCAGUCUCAGCCUCCUUAGUAAAUGCACUUGGUUUCUGAUUUUACCUUCUGCUCUAUCCUGCAAUGUAAUGUAAUGUAAUGUAUUAGAAUCUCCAAAAUAUUCAUUAUACUUUUUUGUAACAUACCUUGAUUUAUAUAUUGUUUUCUAUAAAUUUAAAGUGGCUCCAUUACUAUUCACUGCUAAAAACCUAUCGUUAAGUCUAUUAUUAUUUAUUGACUUUAAGCCUUCACAUAUACACAUUGCUGCACAGUAAUAUUCUUUAUUCACAUAUUCCAUCCUUGGAUGUUUGGGGUCAGAGCAUAGGGUCAGCCAUGAUGCAGUGCCCCUGGAGUAGGGGGGGUUGAGGGCCUUGCUCAAGGGCCCAACAGCGGCAGUUUGGUGGUGCUGGGGUUUGAUUUCAGAUCUUCCGAUCAACAACAGAGCCACUUGAGCUACCACCGCCCAGUGUUUAUGUCAGACUAAUCUCCUUCAUGUUUGAAGAAUAUUUUAAGGGUAUUUCAGGUGUAAAAUGUUAGUAACAGGAAGGACUAGACUUCUUGGCUGCAGAAGCAUCUCCAUCUACACUGCUGGCAUUGAGAUAUACUUGUGUUGCUUUCUGACUUAUUAAUUCUGUUUAAAUAACACUUCUGAUAGGAAAGUAAUGGAAAAGAGAAAAGUCUUCAGGCCAUUAAGGGCCCAACAGAGGCAGCUGUAUGAUCUUGUGUAUUUUAACCAUUCAAAUCUUUUCUGCUAGUUCAGCAGUUUAUUUUAGACUUCCUGGUUACAGAGUAUGAGGAUACGUCCAGUAAGACAUUUUUUAAAGCUAUACAUGUUACACAUUUUCAUGAAUCCACAGAAUAUUAUUAUUUAUUUAUUAGCAUAUCUCUCUUGUUUAAAUGUAGU